AUGGAGGACACCGGCGCAGCGAGCCGCGGGCGGGCAGCGCUGCUGCCACGGGAGGGGCGAUGGGGCGGCGGCAGGCGGCGCGGGAAGCGCUGCAGGAGGGCGGCGCAGGGCGGGCCCUGCGGUGGGCCUUCGCCGGCGCUGCCCAAUGGUCCCACUUCUCCGUCAAAGAACCAAGUAGCGGUGAAGUCGGACCAGUCGGCGUGCCCGCCACAGAGGCAGGACAGGGUUUGCGUCGUCGUUCCCAAGUAUGAUUUCAAGCACGGCAUGAAGACCUUGCUUUGGGCGCUGCUGAACGUGGCCAAGAACGGUGAAAGGCUUUUCAUCGUCCAUGUCCAUCGCGGCAGGCGUAUUAGCCCCAAGGGGGUAGAGGAGAAACUAGGUGAUUAUGUGUCCAUGUGCAACGCAAGCAAGGUGAUCUGUGACCUAAAAAUUAUUAAGAAUGGUCAUGUUGCGCUUGCGGAGCUUAUUGACCGUGAAGGUAUCACCAAGCUUGUCAUGGGAGCAGCAGCAGACAAACGUUACUCAGAGGAAAUGAAAUCACCGGAGUUCAAGCCGGCGAUCAAACUGAUGAAGUCAGCACCCUUAACGUGCAAUAUAUGGUUUACUUGUAACGGGCAACUUAUAUGCACCAGGGAAGCAAAUGCAACUGUUCCUGCCAUACAACCACCACCCGUGGAUUCUCAUGCUCUUAAAAUGGAGCCAGUAGCAGCUGUUACUGAAGCCGGAGGCCUGUACGAGAAGAAUGAUCAACAAAAUGCAAUGACAUUGCCUGCUGAAACAGUGAACACUGAGUUCUCCGAAGAUGAGAUUGAAAAAUCAAUCAGUUGCCUGGAUAACAGACUUAUCGGUAAGGGUGGAUCAGGAAACGUCUACAAAGGUCGCCUACGCAACACAGAUGUAGCUAUAAAGAAGCUGCAUCGGGAGAGCAUGCAAGAGGAGUCUGACUUCAGCCGAAAGGUUGCUGUCCUUGGUCGAGUGCGGCAUCCAAACCUUGUUACACUGAUUGGCGUGUGCAGGGAGGUAUUCGGCCUGGUGUACGAGUUCCUCCCCAACGGCAGCCUCCAGGACCGGCUCGAGUGCAGAAACAGAAGGGCACAACUGAAAUGGCAGGUGCGCACCAAGAUCAUGCGCGAGGUUUGGACGGUUCUGACUUUCCUCCACUCGAACAAACCGCAGCCGGUAGUGCACGGAAACCUGAAGCCGUCCAAGGUCCUCCUGGACUCCAACUUGGCGUGCAAGGUGGAGGCCUUCGGCAUUUCCCAAUCCAACGGCAUCGGCAAGCCCACCACGCAAGACGACGUGCAUUCGUUUGGAAUCAUCGUCCUGCAGCUGCUGACGGGGUUGUUGUCCCCGGACCCGGAGGAUGUCGUCAAGGUGGUCGAGGAGGCGAUGGAAGAAAAGAAGCUGCACACCGUCCUCGAUCGCACUGCAGGGGAGUGGCCGACCGCGCUGGCCAUGCAGCUAGCGCACAUCGGACUGCGGUGCGUCGGCAGGAUGAGCCGGGAGGAGCGCCCUGUCCUCGCGGGGGAAGUGCAGAAGCUGUUUGUCGCUGCUGCCUCCCAGGAUGAACCACAGGCGCCGCCGGACCACUUUAAAUGCCCUAUCGGUAAGGAGGUGAUGGUUGAUCCUCACGUCGCCCCAGAUGGGCACACGUACGAGCUCGAGGAUAUCAACAGUUGGUUCAACUGCGGGAACGAUACGUCCCCGGUAACGAGGCAGACGCUCCCGAACAAAAAUCUGAUCCCGAACCGGGCCAUAAAGUCGAUGAUUGAGGAUUGGAAUGAGGAGCAGCGGCGGCAGGUGCGUACUGUUUGUGACCCGAAUCCUGUCCAGAGUAGCCUGCAGGGCCACCCCACUAUUCCUCCAGCUACCCAAUCACAAGCUCUUGAUACUUCAGCAACCAGAAGGACCAGCACCACGCCCACCAACCUGUUGAUCGCCGAUGCCCGCUCCCCUACCUUCUUGCCUCCGCCCAUUGGAAUUCGUCGACGCCACGUCAAUGGCCGUCUGCCGUCGUCGUCAACGGAGGCAGACGUGCCAGGACCAGGAGAGACUGGCAGAAUCCUAGGGAAAUUCAAACAUGAGUAA